GAUAGAAAUAUGAGACUCUUUCUUUUGCUUUCUUUCAUUGCUCCCAUGUUACUUGGAGCAUAUGGUUUUACUGAUGAUGAAACCGAUAGGCAAGCGUUGUUGGACUUCAAGUCUCAAGUUUCUGAAGACAAAAGAGCUGUCUUGUCCUCAUGGAAUACCUCAUCCCCUUGUCUCUACAACUGGAAGGGGGUCACAUGUGGCCGCAAACACAAGAGAGUAACACAUUUGCACUUAGGAGGCUUGCAAUUGGGGGGAGUGAUAUCACCAUCAAUUGAUUAUCAGGGCACCUACCACAAGAUUUAGGAAAGCGUCUUUCUAUGAAACAACUUUAUCUCCAAGGAAACUUUUUUGAUGGAGCCAUUCCAGAUAUAAGUGGGUUAGUCGGUGUUACGAAGGUUGAUUUCUCAAACAAUAAUAUCUCUGGAAGUAUACCUGGAUAUCUUGCAAACUUCACCUCGUUGCAAUAUCUCAAUCUAUCGUUUAACAAAUUUGAAGGAAGGGUGCCUACAAAAGGAAUAUUUAAGAACCCUUCUAUCGUUUUGGUAUCUGGUAACAAAAAUCUUUGUGGAGGCAUCAAGGAACUAAAGCUCAAGCCAUGCCUCGCGCAAGAACCACUUAUGGAGAAAAAAAAUUCUUCUCAUUUAAAGAAAGUUGUUGUUGGAGUAAGCGUAGGAAUGACUUUUCUUUUGCUGUUGUUCAUAGCUUCAGUUUCUUUGAUUUGGUUCAAAAAAAGAAAGAAGAACAAGCAGACAAUUGAUCCAACUCCUUCUAGUUUGGAAGUCUUGCAUGAGAAAAUAAGUUAUGGAGAUCUCCGUAAUGCGACAAAUGGCUUCUCUGCGAGUAAUAUAUAUGAUCGUGUCAGGCAGUUUUGGUACUGUGUUUAAGGCAUUGCUCCCAAAGGAGAGAAAGAUGGUUGCAGUGAAAGUUCUGAACCUGCAGAGACGUGGAGUUAUGAAGAGCUUUAUGGCAGAAUGUGAAUCUUUGAAGGAAAUUAGGCAUCGUAAUCUUGUGAAACUAUUGACAGCUUGUGCUAGUAUUGAUUUCCAAGGAAACGAAUUUAGAGCUCUCGUCUAUGAGUUCAUGCCGAAUGGAAGCUUGGAUAUGUGGCUGCAUCCAGGGGAGGUGGAAGAGAUUCGUAGGCCCUCAAGACCCUUGACACUGCUUGAAAGGCUUAAUAUUGCCAUAGACGUGGCUUCUGCUUUAGUUUAUCUUCAUGUUCAUUGUCAUGAGCCUAUAGCUCAUUGCGAUAUUAAGCCAAGCAACAUCCUUUUGGACGAUGAUCUAACCGCCCAUGUUAGUGACUUUGGUCUGGCUCGUCUUCUCCUCAAAUUCGAUCAGGAGUCCUUCAACCAAUUAAGCUCGGCUGGAGUCAGAGGAACCAUCGGCUAUGCCGCACCAGGUAUAUUAUCAUAUAUUUGUAGCAUUCUAUGAAGAAUAUUAGUAUAUCAUUUAGUCUUGUUAACGUUUGUUUCUGUGAAUUCCUGGUGCAAAAUACGGAAUGGGAGGACAACCAUCAAUCAAUGGUGAUGUGUAUAGCUUUGGGGUUCUCCUUUUGGAAAUGUUCACUGGAAAAAGACCAACCAAUGAGUUAUUUGGGGGAAACUUUACCUUACACAGCUAUACCAAGUCGGCGUUGCCCGAAAGAGUAUUAGACAUUGCAGACGAAUCGAUUCUUCACAUUGGUCUCAGAGUUGGUUUCCCUAUUGCUGAGUGCUUGACACUUAUUUUGGAGAUGGGGCUUAGGUGUUGUGAGGAAUCUCCCACGAACCGUUUGGCAACGAGUGAAGCUGCAAAGGAGUUGAUCUCAAUCAGAGAGAGGUUCUUUAAAACAAGAAGAACAACCAGAGGUUGAAGAGUAUAUGCUUUUCUCUACAAACUUCGUAACUUUACACAUUUAAAAGUUUAAACUGAGGCCUGUGCGACAUCAUUUUGUUUUUUCAUAAGCUGUGGUUUUGUUUUAUACUCUGUUCAUUCUCUGUUUUGUUUUCUUACAAGAUUGAAUACUUGUGUUACCAGGCAGCAGGCUAAUAAUAAAAAUGACGUUGUAGCUGUGGUUUAUCAAUUUCUGUUGAGCACA